CCCGCUUGGCUUCGGCGUCGGCGUCCUCCCGCGCUGCGGCGCUAGGCCGGCAUCUCUCCCGCGGGCCGCUGAUAAAGUGGUAGCAAAGGGCGCGCGAAGGGCCACCAGCCGUGCGGCGUCAGCUAGACGCCAGAGCGUCAGGGUCGUUGUCUCGUGACAACGACGCCAGUAGCGAUCUCCGACACAGCAGGUGCGGCCGCUUUAGUCCCAAGCGGGCUCAGUGGCUGCCUGGCGAGUCUCUGCUCGCGCCCAGUUCUUUCCUUCCUGGACCCGACGCCAAGCAGCGACACUGAGCCGACCGCCGGAGCGGCGGGCAAUGGCGGCCUCGACGGCCUCUCACCGGCCCAUCAAGGGGAUCCUGAAGAACAAGAGCUCAACGACUUCCUCUGUGGUGUCCCCGGCCGAACAGCCCGGUAGGAGUGUGGAUGAAGAACUGAGUAAAAAAUCCCAGAAGUGGGAUGAAAUGAACAUCCUGGCGACAUAUCACCCAGCAGACAAAGACUAUGGUUUAAUGAAAAUAGAUGAACCAAGCACUCCUUACCAUAGUAUGGUAGGUGACGAUGAGGAUGGAUUGAGUGAUUCAGAAAACACUGAAGCCCUGACCCCAGAUAUAUUAGCUAAGAAAUUAGCUGCUGCUAAAGGCUCGGAGCCAAAGUGUCAGGUUCAUGAACAAGAAAGCAGUGAAGAUGAGGACAGUGACCUCUCACCUGAAGAACAAGAAAAAAAGCGACAGUUUGAAAUGAAAAGGAAGCUUCACUACAAUGAAGGACUGAAUAUUAAAUUAGCUAGGCAAUUAAUUUCAAAAGACCUACAUGAGGAGGACGAAGAUGAUGAAGAAAUGUCAGAGACUGCAGCUGGAGAAAGCAUGAAUGUGGAAGAAUCAAAUCAAGGAUCUACUACAAGUGACCAACUGCAAAACAAAUCGCAGAGUUCAUAGAAGAGAUUUGUUCAGCACUGUAAUUGUCAGAUACAAAUCCUGUUACUAUAAUACACUGCUUCUUGUUCUCUACAAUUCAUGACUUAAGUACCAAAAUACAUACCAGUUAUUAUAUGUUGCCAAGAAUUAAAUAACUUUAGAGAUUUAUUAGACUGAAAAUGCCUAAUUGAUACAUAUAUUCUUGUGCCUAGUACUUCACAACAAAUACAGCAUAAUAUCAGUCCAAAAUGUCAUUACUUUUGUAAGAACACUGGUUAAUUUGUAUAAGAUACUAUAUAGCUUUUUAUGCUUUAGAGGUUAAACAAUAUCUUGGGUUUGGGGGAUGGGGAUCUAAUUUAUUCACUUCUAGAUGUGAUAGCUCUUAUAAACUUUUUAUUUUUUAAUCAAAAUCCAAUUGGAACAACAUUAUAUAGGCUGAUAAAAUAGUCUGAAAAGUGUUUUAGCACAUCUUCAACUUAAUUUGUUUAAUUGAAAAGGAUUAUAAGAGUUACUGUUGCAUUUUUUGGCCUACUACUACCUUUAAAAUUCUUUUUGAGUUUCUUUAUGUUUACAAGGAAAGGAUUGAACUUUUUCUCACCAAAACUAGCUUUUUUCACAAAUAAAUUAUCAGGUUAAACUUGCA